AUGACAACCCUAGUCCCGGAGCACUUAAGCCCGGACAUCUGCGGGAAGUACCAGGGUCUUUUCCGUGGUGCGGGGCUGGACGAAGUGGUGGAGUCCGGUUUAAAUGUCCUGAGCCACUUGGAGAACCACGGAUCAUCACCCGGACACGUGCACAAGGUCCACGUGGACGAGGCCCACGUGGACAGCGAUGACGUGGACGCAGCUGCCAGUGUAACCCCCCCCAAUGCGGUUGCCGAUGCGGUUGCCGGCGCAGCUGCGAGUGUAACGUCUCCCGAUGCGGCUGGUUCGAAGCCAAUUUGUGCGCCUCCUAAGCCAGUGGAGGAGCAGGUUGUAGAGUGGUCUUACAGAGCAGCGAGUCUGCUUUUAAGGAAGUACAAGGAGCUGGAGCUGUUCAAGAAGAUGGUGCAGAAAUCAGCGGACCCUUUGAUGAUCCACAACAUGGAUCAUAUACUCCUCGAGUGCAACCCCGCCGCCCUGCGCAUUCUCAAAUACCCCUCCAAGGCCGCGCUCUCCCACGCCAUGGCCACACCAGGCUACUCCAACCCGCUCUCUCCAAUCCGCCAGCCCGACGGACAGCUCUCGGAAGUGCUCGCGCUGGAAAUUGGGAGACGCACGGUGGAGCAGGGGCAGAUGGUGCUGAACUGGGUGCAUCUGGCGCGGGAUGGGACGGAGGUGCCGGUUCGGAUUCACGUGCAGUGUGUGGCGGUUGGCGAGGAGAAGUUUUUUGUGGCGAAUUGGCAUGAUUUGACGGAGAUUAAGCGGCAGGAGGAGGUGUUGAGGAAGGCGAAAGAGGCUGCGGAGGCGGCGAGCGAGGCGAAGAGCCUGUUCCUGGCGAAUAUGAGCCAUGAGAUCCGCACGCCCAUGAAUGGGGUGUUGGGAGUGGCGGAUCUGCUGCUGCGGACGCCUCUCACAGUAGAACAACGCUCGUACCUCGAGAUCAUCCGGUCGUCGGGAGACAAUCUGCUGCGGAUCAUAUCCGACGUGCUGGAUCUCUCCAAGAUCGAAUCGCAAUCUCUGGGUCUGGAGAGCGUCGCCUUCUGCCUCGAGACGUGUAUCAACGAGGCCACGGCGCUGCUCUGUGUUGCUGCUUCGGAAAAGGGAUUGCUGUUGGAGAGCCGUGUGGCUCCUGACGUGCCGCGCUACGUGAGGGGUGACCCGGGGCGGCUGAGGCAGAUCAUUCUGAACCUCGUCUCCAACUCAAUAAAGUUCACCCAGAGCGGUGGCAUUCGAAAGUUGAUCAGCUAUGCUGCAGACGACGAGAGCGCCCACAUGCAUGCUGUCACCAUUGUGAUUCGCCGCGCUACUGAGGACGAGAUUUCCCGCGUGCGCAAGACUAGAGCUGCUACUGCCGUGGCUGCAGCGGGAGAGGCCGCAGAUGCAGGUGCAGACGGGGAAGGAGGAGCAGGAGGAGCAGGGGGAGCAGGAGGAGCAGGGGGAGCAGGAGGAGCAGUUGCAGAGAUAGGGGGCCCAACAGCGGGAGCAGCAGCAGGAGCAGCAGCUGCAGCAGCAGCAGCUGCAGCAGCAGCAGCAGCGGGCGGAGUGGGAGGAGGGAACGGUAUGGCGGAUGCAGGGGGUAGUAGGAAGGCUGAUCCUGGGGGGGUAGGGGAGGAGCCUAGUGCGAAACGCAGGCGUGUGGAUGGGUUAACAGGGGUGGGAGAGAGGGGAAAAGGGGGAGCAGCAACGGGGGGUAAGGGGGAAGAGGCAGCAGGGGCAGCAGGGGAGGGUAUGGCGCGACAGGAGGACGGGUUGGGAGGGGGAGGGAGUGGAUUGGAGGAAAGAGUGGGCGAGGGGAGGGGAGAGGAGAGAAGGCGGAAGGGAAGAGGGGAGGAGACGGAGGGUGACUCAGAAGACGCGGAAUUCGGGGAGAGCGAUAGAGAGGAGAAGGGCGGUGGUGUGGUUGAUAGGAGAGAGGCAGGAGGCGAGGGAAAGAAGGGAGGAGAAGGCGGGAAGGGAGAGAAUAGCAGAAGAAAUGGAGGGGCUACUACUGUGCAAGGAGAGAAGGGGGAGGAGGGGGCAAAGGGGAAGGGGGAAGAUGGGGAGGGCGAGAAAGGGGAGAAGGGGGAGGGGGAGGAGAGGGUAUGGAUGACGUUCUGUGUGGUGGAUACUGGCAUGGGCAUCAGUCAGGAGGCCUGCUCCAGGCUGUUCCGUGCGUUCAUGCAGGGUGACGCCUCCACAUCCCGUCGCUACGGGGGCACGGGGCUGGGCCUGGCGAUUUCUAAAUCCUUGGUGAACCUCAUGGGGGGGGACAUUCACGUGAGCAGCCAAGUGGGCGCCGGGUCCACCUUCGCCUUCACCAUCCAGCUGCCCGUCUCAACUGCCCAGCUCUGUGCUCUCGCAGGGAAUGGUGGGCUCAUGGCCCGAGAUGACUCUCUCGCAGCCUUCACCAUUCAGCUGCCCGUCUCCACGGCGCAGCUCUGUGCGCUCGCUGGCAACGGCGGGCUCAUGGCCCGAGACGACUCUCUUGCAGGUGGGUUUCUGACCUUCGGUAUCUGUCGUGGGAGUGGGGGUGUGGGAGCGUGGGGGCGUGAGGGCGGGUUCAAAGGCCAAGUGGGCGCCGGGUCCACCUUCGCCUUCACCAUCCAGCUACCCGUCUCCACGGCGCAGCUCUGUGCUCUCGCGGGGAACGGCGGGCUCAUGGCCAGAGACGACUCUCUCGCAGGUUCGUCAGCCGAUGCCUCAGGAGCCGGGACAUGCGGAGGGGGAGGCGGAGGCAGAUCACGAAGCGGAAGAUCUGGCACCGCUGCUGCCGCCCCUGCUACAGCCGCAGCCGCUGCCGCCCCCACUGCUGCACCGGGUUUUUCCACGGGGGGUGAAGGAGGGUUAGGGUUGGGGUGUGAGGAGGAGAGGAAGAAGAGGAGGAAGGAGCUGGCGUGCUUGAUAGCGGAGGAUAAUAAAGUGAACCAGAUGGUGGUGGUGCGCAUGCUGCGGGGGCUGGGCGUGGUGUCUGACGUGGCUUCGAAUGGGGAGGAGGCGCUGCGGGCGUGCGAGAAGAAAGACUAUGACGUGGUGUUCAUGGACUGCCAUAUGCCAGUAAUGGACGGAUUCAUCGCCACUCAGAAGAUCCGCGAGCUUCCCACUGUGAGCAUGGACCACUUUCUGACCAAGCCUGUGCGGUUGAGAUGGCUUCGUACAAUGUUUGAGUCGACUCAAAUACUGUAUUGGCACCCCGUUCUCUCUUUUCUUGCACAUUCCAACCCCCAAUCGCAGGUGGGUAUGGACCAUUUCCUGACCAAGCCUGUGCGGUCGAGCGAGCUGGAUGGGUGGUGCAGCAGGUGGGCAGCGGAAGCCCCCUUCCCCCUUCCAAUCCUUUUCCUGUCUCCAACCCAGCCCCAACCCAAUCUCUUACACCACCCCACCGACACCCCAACCACAGGUGGGAAUGGAUCACUUUCUGACCAAGCCGGUGCAGUCGAGUGUGCUGGAUGGGCUGCUGCAGGAGGUGGAGGGGCGGAAGGCCCCCUUCCGCCUUCCCCUCUUCCAACCCUACCUCCUAUCUAUCUCCACCCCAACCCUAACCCCCAAUCGCAGGUGGGUAUGGACCAUUUCCUGACCAAGCCGGUGCGGUCGAGUGAGCUGGAUGGGCUGCUGCAGCAGGUGGAGCGGAGAAAGCUGAUGCUGGAGCAGGGCGAGGAGCAGGAGAGGAGGGCAGAGGAGGAGAGGAAGGGAGAGAAAGGAAACGAGGGGGAAAACAGAGGGGAGGAUGGAGGAGAGAAAGGGGAACAGGAAUGUUUGAGGUGA